AUGUGGGUGCUGGGAAAUGAACCCAGUCUUCUGGAAGGCAUUUGGCUGGCCAUCAUUCUCAGCAUUCUUUAUUUUCUCAAGAUAGCCAAUUUUUCUAACUCUAUUUUCCUCUACCUAAGGUGGAGAUUUACAAAGGUGGUUUCAGUGGUAUUGUUGAUGUCUCUGCUCCUCUUGUUUUUAAAUAUUUUAGUGUCAAACAUACACAUACAUAUGUGGAUGAAUAAGUUCGAAACAAAUGUAUCUCACAGCUACAAAUUAAAGAAUUUUACACACAUUCCCAAACUUCUUGUAUUAACAAAUAGUAUGGUAACAUUAAUACCUUUCACUGUGUCCAUGACAAUGUUUUUUCUGCUUAUCUUCUCCUUGUGGAAACAUCUGAAGAAGAUAAAGCACAUUACCAAAAGCUCCCGAGAUGCCAGUGGCACAGCUCACAUCAAAGCCUUGAAAACUGUGUUUGCCUUCCUCCUGCUGUCCAUAAUUUUUACUUUCUCUCUUUUUGUACAUCUUUGGAGCUAUGAGUUUAAAGAAAAAAAACUUUACAAAUAUUUUUGCCCUGUUGGCAUAAUUGCUUUCCCAUCACUCCAUUCAUUUGUCCUGAUUAUGGGAAACAGUAAGCUUUGGCAGACCUCUCUUCUGGUACUGUCCAUGUUAAGGUGCAAGAUCCAAGGAUGUUGA